AUGCUCGCUUUGGGUAUCAAGGGUAAGAUGUUUGCAAAGAAACGGUAUGCAGAAAAGGCCCAAAUGAAGAAAACGUUGGCUAUGCAUGAAGAAUCGUCAACCAGGAGAAAGGUGGAUGAUAAUGUUCAUGACGGAGCGUUUCCUGCGUAUCUUCUUGAUCGUGAAUCGACAACUCGGGCGAAGGUUCUGAGCAACACAAUAAAACAAAAGAGAAAAGAGAAAGCUGGUAAAUGGGAGGUUCACUACCGAAGAUAUCCCUGUGAUUCCAUUAAGGCUUUCAGCAAGUCUAGAAGUCAGGCUGUGGCUGAAGAUGAGAUGUUUAGAGUCAUCAAGUCUGGUAAAAGAAAAAGUGCUGAUUUUUACAGUACCCUCAUGCCCUCUCACAACAUAAGGGAAGGUCUACCAAGCAGUGGAAGAGGAUGGUUACCAAAGCCACAUUUGUGGGAUCAGGUUUUACGAGAAAACCUCCCAAGUAUGAGAGGGUUGCGGUUCACUAAAGCACAUGUAACACAUCCUGAACUCAAAUGCACUUUCAAUCUUGAGAUUAUAGCAGUAAAGAAGAAUCCAAUGGUCCAAUGUACACUUCUCUGGGUGAAUGUCAGCGAACUGGGUCUGGUGACUCCAGCUGGAAAAGUUGUUUGGGGUGAGUUAUUCCUUGGGUAUUUUGUUGCCUAUAACAUUCAGUUUGACAUUGAGUUGGUUAAAGUGGGGAAGAGGGGAAAAUUUGCUCAAGUCACAAAUAAUCCAGAGAAUGAUGGCUGUAUAAAUGCGGUGCUUCUAGUGUGA